UUGAAAUCAACUUUAUAGCAGAUUAUUUUGAUGAAUUUUUCCAAGUUUGUUAGGAAUUCGCGUAAACGCAAAUUCUCGUAAGUGGAAUAACCAUACAUAAACAUAACCAAGAGAAAUCACCAAUUCUAAUUCAAAAAUUGUAAAAAUUAGAAAAUUAGAUGGAUAACUUAGAAGACCGCACCAAGGAGGAAUUAAUUGCAGAGAUAAGGGCCUUGAAGGCCCACAACAAGCAGUUGCAAAAUAUCAUCCUGAAAGGCACCGCUACUAAACCUGCUAAUCAACCAAAAUGCCAGAAACCGUUCGAUUUCCAAAAUUGCAAAUUUCGCCACGUUUUGUUGAAAUUCUUGUAUUUGGGUUGGGAUUACCAAGGGUAUGUCACUCAGGAAGACACCGUGAAUACCAUAGAACACCAUGUGUUCAACGCCCUCAUAAAAACGUGUUUAAUUGAAAACCGUUCCAGUGCCAAUUAUCACCGUUGUGGACGCACUGAUAAGGGUGUCAGUUCUUUUUCACAGGUCAUAUCUUUAGAUUUACGGUCAAAUGGUGAUGAUUUUGAAAGCGAAAUCAAUUAUUGUAAAAUUCUAAAUCGAGUUUUGCCUGAAAACAUCCAGUUUGUAGCCUGGUGUCCUGUCGAAAGCGCAUUUAGUGCACGCUUUGAUUGUAAAAAUCGCACUUACAAAUACUUUUUUCCCAAGUCGAAUUUGGAUAUUGACGCAAUGAAAAUUGCGGCUAAUUAUUUAGUAGGAACGCAUGAUUUUAGGAAUUUUUGUAAGAUGGAUGUCAAUAACGGCGUUGUUGAAUUCAAGAGAAAUAUUCUAUCAGUUGAUAUUAGUUUAUUUCAGGAAGAUGAAAGAUACUCGAUUCAGGUUUUGACCAUCAAAGGGAACGCUUUUUUGUGGCAUCAAAUUCGUUGUAUUGUUGGGAUUUUGAUUUUAGUAGGUCAGGGUAAAGAAAAACCGGAAGUCGUUUUGGACCUUCUAGACAUUACAAGAAAUCCGAGAAAACCAGACUAUCACAUGGCCAGCGAAAUUCCUCUUAACUUGUAUGACUGUCAUUAUGAUAACGUGAAUUGGAUUUAUGACAAAGAGGCAUUAAAUAUUGUAAAAGCGAAGCUAUAUAAAUUUUGGAUGUUCUCGUCCAUUAAGACAGCAAUGAUGAAAAGCAUGUUAGUAGACUUAGAGAAAGAAGCUAGUGAGCUGGACCACGAUUCUAUAGAUUUUUUAAUUCAAGGUGUAAAACGUAAGAACUAUGUUCCAGUAAUGAAGCGACAAUUAUGUGAGAGUCUGGAGGAUAAAAUCCAACAUUCCCUAAAACGACGCAAACGAAAAGCAAACCCAAGCUAAUUUUACAAGAAUAUAUUUAUAAAUACAUACACAAGCUCUUAUUGUGAUUUUAUAACUAAUAAACAAAUUAACGCAG